AUGCCACAACCCCACCUGCAUCUCGGACUACUGCAGCCAGCUCCAAAAGUACACCUCUCCAAAAGUACACCUGUAUCUGUACCAGGGAAUACUACAAAUCAUCCUGCAACUUCAACAGGAACUACCACAAGUGCUCCUGUUAAUACACCAGAACAUGCCACAACCCCACCUGCAUCUGGGACUACUGCAGCCAGCUCCAAAAGUACACCUGUAUCUGUACCAGGGAAUACUACAAAUCAUCCUGCAACUUCAACAGGAACUACCACAAGUGCUCCUGUUAAUACAUCAGAACAUGCCACAACCCCACCUGCAUCUCGGACUACUGCAGCCAGCUCCAAAAGUACACCUGUAUCUACAUCAGGGAAUUCUACAAAUCAUCCUGCAACUUCAACAGGAACUACCACAAUUGCUCCUGUUAAUACAUCAGAACAUGCCACAAUCCCAGGGACUACUGCAGCCAGCUCCAAAAGUACACCUGUAUCUGUACCAGGGAAUACUACAAAUCAUCCUGCAACUUCAACAGGAACUACCACAAGUGCUCCUGUUAAUACACCAGAACAUGCCACAACCCCACCUGCAUCUGGGACUACUGCAGCCAGCUCCAAAAGUACACCUGUAUCUAUACCAGGGAAUACUACAAAUCAUCCUGCAACUUCAACAGGAAUUACCACAAGUGCUCCUGUUAAUACACCAGAACAUGCCACAACCCCACCUGCAUCUGUGACUACUGCGGCCAGCUCCAAUAAUGGUAGUAGUAAUAAUGCUACAUAUCCUUCUGUUACACCACCAGGAAAUACCACAACGUCUCCAAUGACAACACUAAGCAAUGCAACAACAUUACCCAUAACAGGAAACACUGCAAUACCACCAUUCUUUACACCAGGAAAUUCUACCACACUACCCAUAACUACACUAGGGAACACUACAACACCAUCCACCACAAUACCAGGAAAUGUAACUACACCACCCAUAACUACACUGGGUAACAAUACAACACCAUCCAUCUCAACACCAGGAAACACAAACACACUACCCGUAAUUACACCAGGGAACACUACAGCACCAUCCAUCACAAAACCAGCAAAUGCAACCACACCACCCAUAACUACACUGGGUAACAAUACAACACCAUCCAUCUCAACACCAGGAAAUGCAACCACACCACCUAUAAUUACAUCUGGUAACAAUACAACACCAUCCAUCACAACACCAGCAAAUGCAAUCACACCACCCAUAACUACACUGGGUAAUAAUACAACACCAUCCAUCUCAACACCAGGAAAUGCAACCACACCACCUAUAAUAACAUCGGGUAACAAUACAACACCAUCCAUCACAACACCAGGAAAUGCAAUCACACCACCCAUAACUACACUGGGUAACAAUACAACACCAUCCAUCUCAACACCAGGAAAUGCAACCACACCACCUAUAAUUACAUCUGGUAACAAUACAACACCAUCCAUCACAACACCAGGAAAUGCAACCACACCACCCAUAUCUACACCAGCUAAUGCUACAUCGCCAUCCUUCACAACACCAGGAAAUGCAACCACACCACACAUAACUACAUCAGGGAACACUACAGCACCAUCCAUCUCAACACCAGUAAAUGCAACCACACUACCCAUAACUACACCACCCAUAACUACACCAGCUAACACAACAGCACCAUCUUCCACAACACCAGGAAAUGCAACCACACCCGCUAACACUACAGCACCAUCUUCCACAACACCAGGAAAUGCAACCACACCACCCAUAACUACACCAGCUAACACUACAGCACCACCUUCCACAACACCAGGAAAUGCAACCACACCCGCUAACACUACAGCACCAUCUUCCACAACACCAGGAAAUGCAACCACACCACCCAUAACUCCACUAGCUAACACUACAGCACCACCUUCCACAACACCAGGAAAUGCAACCACACCCACUAACACUACAGCACCAUCUUCCACAACACCAGGAAAUGCAACCACACCGCCCGUAACUACGCCAGCUAACACUACAGCACCACCUUCCACAACACCAGGAAAUGCAACCACACCCACUAACACUACAGCACCACCUUCCACAACACCAGGAAAUGCAACCACACCCGCUAACACUACAGCACCAUCUUCCACAACACCAGGAAAUGCAACCACACCACCCAUAACUACACCAGCUAACACUACAGCACCAUCUUCCACAACAUCAGGAAAUGCAACCACACCAUCCAUAACUGCACCAGCUAACACUACAGCACCACCUUCCACAACACCAGGAAAUGCAACCACACCCACUAACACUACAGCACCACCUUCCACAACACCAGGAAAUGCAACCACACCCGCUAACACUACAGCACCAUCUUCCACAACACCAGGAAAUGCAACCACACCACCCAUAACUACACCAGCUAACACUACAGCACCACCUUCCACAACACCAGGAAAUGCAACCACACCACCCAUAACUACACCAGCUAACACUACAGCACCAUCUUCCACAACACCAGGAAAUGCAACCACACCACCCAUAACUACACUAGCUAACACUACAGCACCACCUUCCACAACACCAGGAAAUGCAACCACACCCACUAACACUACAGCACCAUCUUCCACAACACCAGGAAAUGCAACAACACCACCCGUAACUACGCCAGCUAACACUACAGCACCACCUUCCACAACACCAGGAAAUGCAACCACACCCGCUAACACUACAGCACCACCUUCCACAACACCAGGAAAUGCAACCACACCCGCUAACACUUCAGCACCAUCUUCCACAACACCAGGAAAUGCAACCACACCACCCGUAACUACACCAGCUAACACUACAGCACCACCUUCCACAACACCAGGAAAUGCAACCACACCCGCUAACACUACAGCACCAUCUUCCACAACACCAGGAAAUGCAACCACACCACCCAUAACUACAUCAGGUAACAGUACAACACCAUCCGUCACAACACCAGGAAAUGCUACCACACCCAUAACUACACAUGGGAAUUCUACAACAACACCUCUAACCACAAGCAACUCUACUACUGGAGCUACUACUAACCCAACUAACACCAUAACCCCACAAGCAACUUGUCCUAAUGUGCCAUGCCCAGCACUCAGCGUCUGUAUAAAUUUAACCUGUCAGUGUCUGUCAGGAACCUUGCUUGAAAACGGUGUCUGUGUGGAAAAAAAAAUGUUCUCUAGUGAGCUGCAUUUAAACCAAGAUUUUUCACCCAAUAUGAGUAAUCCUCAAUCACCUGAAUUCAAGAAAAUUGCUGCUGAGAUAAUUAAAGCGGUAAAGAAUGCAAUGAGUAGCCAAUCAGGCUACAUUAGGACUGAAGUUCUCAAGUUAAGGGCUGGCAGUAUAGUGGCUACAGUAAACAGUUUUUUUGAGAACCAUUCUCCAGUCACCCAGACGUUAUUUGAUGGGAAUAUGACUAAAGCCAUAGAAGAAUGCAGUGUGGCAAACUGUGGGAUUCUUGCUAAUGCUACUUAUACUAGGACCAGUGCAUGUGAACAGCCACUUCCUCCUUGUGAUCUCAACACUACAGAAUGUAAUGUUAAUGAUGGUCUUGCCAGCUGUAACUGCAAAUCUGCCUAUGUACGCAGUCCUUACCAGAGCAAGAGCUGUAUAGCCUGUCCCAGUGGUCAGAAAGCAGAUAAUAUUAGUUGUGUUCCAUGUCCGUUUGGCUAUUCUGGGUUCAACUGCAAUGACUCCUCCCUGUUGGCUUUAGUGGUGGUGGCGUGUGUCUUAGGGGGAAUUCUGCUCAUUACAAUUUUGGCUAUUCUCAUCUACAUCUGUUGUACUCGUGGCAGGGAAAAGACUCAGGAAAGUUAUUAUAACAGCCCAUACCCUGCUGAUGACAUCCAGGCCACGUGGCAGUCACAGGGCGUCACCCGUAUUCCACGUGCCAAUCUCACUUCCACUUCCAGUGGCAACAGCCUGGAGAUGACAGAGGGGGCUGGAAGGAAAUUCCCUAAUAAUGGAUUUAAGAUUAAAAAGAAGACGGGCUCAUAUGAUCUCACAACAGACGGCAUGAAGACCUUUACGGGGAAAAACUCGUCACGUUACUCCUACUUGGUGGGUCAUGAAAACCCCUACUACCUGGACGGAGGAGAUAGGAGCACCACAUGAGCAGAGAUGCCUGCAGGUUGUGGUACGGGCAUGGGGCAGAUGUACGAGAGGGACAGAUAAAGGAAUGAGAAGAGAAGUUAACAGUGCAAUAAAACAUAAUAUAAAAGGCCUUGGAUCAAAUAUGAAAAGUCUGAAAUAUGAAAGUUGAAACUGUCAAACUCAUCUAAUCUUUUAUUUCCCAAUUUCUUUCACCCAGGAUGAAAAAAUGCAAACUUACUAGAAGUGCAUUGAUGAUUGGGUUUUAGUUUUAAACACCAUGCACACUCCGAAAUCUGUAGAUUUUUUAUUUGUUAUUUUCAUUUUGAAAGUUUUGUUAAUGCACCUUUUAGAGCUCUUGCAUAUGUUACUACAGUACAGAAAAUGCUUUAUUAUGAAGGAUAACAUUUAAAGUUUACAAUGAAAGACUCUUAAGAUUUACAUUAAUA